AUGCUUAGAUCUGCCGCCAGACAUGGUCUCCGGGCCCGUGUGAGGGCCAUGAUGCCCGCCAGAACGUUGGCCACUGGCUUUGACAGCUUUCUCCAGACAAACAACGCCAACUACAUCGACGAGAUGUACGAGGCAUGGACCCACGACCCAAAGAGUGUCCACGUGUCGUGGGACGCAUACUUCCGCAACAUGAACGGCAACAAGCCGGCAUCGAGCGCCUACAUUGCUCCGCCAACCUUGAUUCCGCAACCAGAAGGAGGCAUCCCAAAUUUGGUUCCAUCUGGAUCCGGAAAUGUGAGCGAGGGCAUUCUGGUCCAUUUGAAGGCCCAGUUGCUUGUGAGAGCGUACCAGGUGCGUGGCCAUCAGAAGGCCCACAUUGAUCCUUUGGGCAUCUCGUUCGGCGACGAUAAGAACACCCCUAAACCUAAAGAGCUGACUCCAGAAUACUACGGGUUUACGGAAGCCGACCUUGAGAAGGAGAUCACUCUUGGUCCAGGUAUCUUGCCACAUUUCAUUGAGCAGGGAACAACCACCAUGAAAUUGAAAGACGUGAUUGCUACCUGCGAGAAAAUCUACUGCUCCUCUUAUGGUGUCGAAUACGUCCACAUUCCAUCCAGACAAAAAUGUGACUGGCUCAGAGCCAGAACCGAGAUCCCUACCCCAUUCAAGUUCACUCCUGACCAAAAGAGACAGAUCCUGGAUCGUCUGAUGUGGGCUUGUGAGUUCGAGAACUUCCUGUCCACCAAGUUCCCAAACGAUAAGAGAUUUGGUAUGGAGGGUGCCGAGUCGGUGGUGCCUGGUUUGAAGGCUUUGAUAGAUACUGCCGUGAACCUUGGUGUUGAGGACGUUGUCAUUGGUAUGCCCCACAGAGGAAGACUGAACAUGUUGGCCAAUGUUGUGCGUAAGCCAACUGAAGCAAUUUUCUCUGAAUUUACCGGAUCGAAGGAAUUUGACGAAGGUUCCGGUGACGUGAAGUACCACUUGGGUAUGAACUACGUCAGACCAACCACAUCAGGAAAGACUGUGAACCUGUCGAUUGUUGCUAACCCAUCGCACUUGGAGGCCGAGGACCCAGUUGUUCUCGGAAGAACCAGAGCAAUCCAGCACUACAAGAACGAUGUCGGCGAGUUUAAGAAGGCAAUUGGUGUUCUUUUGCAUGGAGACGCCGCCUUCGCUGGUCAGGGUGUUGUUUACGAGACCAUGGGAUUCACCGCUCUUCCGGCCUACGCUACAGGAGGUACCAUCCACGUGAUUGUGAAUAACCAGAUCGGUUUCACCACCGACCCUAGAUUUGCUAGAUCCACGCCAUAUCCUUCUGACAUUGCCAAGGCUAUCAAUGCUCCAAUUUUCCACGUGAAUGCUGACGAUGUCGAAGCUGUUGUGUUUAUGUUCAACUUGGCUGCCGAAUGGAGAGCCACCUUCAAUUCUGACGUUAUUUUAGAUGUUGUUGGAUACAGAAAACACGGUCACAAUGAGACCGAUCAGCCUUCCUUCACACAACCUUUGAUGUACGAGAGAAUCUCCCACAAGAAGCAAGUUCUGGACAUGUACAUUGAUAAGUUGCUGAAGGAGGGAACUUUCACCGAAGAGGACAUCAACGAGCACAAACAAUGGGUGUGGAACACGUUGGAGGACUCUUUCGGCAAGUCGAAGGAUUACAAGCCAGAUUCGAGAGAGUGGCUAACUACUCCAUGGGAAGGUUUCAAGUCGCCAAAGGAAUUGGCUACCGAGAUCUUGCCCCACUUGCCAACCGCUAUUCCUGAGGACCAGGCUAAGUACAUUGGUGAGAAGAUCUCUACUGUUCCUAAGGACUUCCAUUUGCACAGAAACCUCAAGAGAAUCUUGGGUGCUAGAUUGAAGUCUAUUGAGAACUCCGAGGGAAUCGACUGGGCCACCGGUGAGGCCUUGGCCUACGGUUCGUUGGUCAUGGAGGGCUACCACGUGAGAGUCUCUGGACAGGAUGUGGAGAGAGGUACUUUCUCUCAAAGACAUGCUGUUUUGCACGACCAGAAAAACGAAGACACAUACAUCCCAUUGAAGCACUUGGACCAGAACCAAGGAGAUUUCGUGAUCAGCAAUUCCUCGCUUUCUGAGUACGGUGUGAUGGGAUUUGAGUACGGAUACUCUUUGACCUCGCCAGACGCUCUUGUUGUCUGGGAAGCCCAGUUCGGUGACUUUGCCAAUACUGCGCAGGUCAUUAUUGACCAGUUCAUUGCUGCUGGUGAGUCCAAGUGGAAGCAGAGAUCGGGAAUUGUUCUGUCGUUGCCUCACGGUUACGACGGACAAGGUCCAGAGCACUCUUCCGGAAGAAUAGAGAGAUACUUGCAGCUGUGUAAUGAGGACCCACGGUUCUUCCCUACUCAGGAGAAGCUCGACAGACAGCACCAGGACUGCAACAUCCAGAUUGCGUACCCAUCGACUCCAGCUUCGUUGUUCCACUUGAUCAGAAGACAGAUGCACCGUCAGUUCAGAAAGCCAUUGGUGAUGUUUUUCUCCAAGAGUUUGUUGAGACACCCAUUGGCCAGAUCGAGCAUCUCUGAGUUCACGGGCGAGUCGCACUUCCAGUGGCUGAUCGAGGACGUGGAGCUUGGAAAGUCCAUCAACGAGAAAGCUGGCAUCAAGAGAGUUGUUUUGUGCACGGGCCAGGUGUACACUGCCUUGCACAAGAGAAGACAACAGCUAGAAGAUAAAGAGACUGCUUUCAUCAAGAUCGAGCAACUGCACCCAUUCCCAUUCGCACAGCUGAGAGACUCGCUGAAGUCGUUCCCUGCAUUGGAGGACCUUGUGUGGUGUCAGGAGGAGCCUUUCAACAUGGGAGCCUACUCUUACGUGACUCCUAGGGUGGAGACAGUUUUGAAAGAGGACGGUUUGGAGAAGCUGCAACUGAGAUACGCUGGAAGAGACCCAUCUGCGUCUGUUGCUGCUGGAUCCAAGUCCAUGCACAUGGCCGAGGAAGAUGCGUUCCUGAAGCAGGUGUUUAACAACUAA